GCGGCAGCCGGUCACCGAGAACUCGGAGCUUCGCGCCCGUGGAAGGAGCGGGAUUAGGCGGCUGCAGCGGGGCUCGGGAGGAAGGGGAAGGGGGGGUACGGGGACUCGGUGAAGCCCGCGGACCGGGAGCCCGGGGCUCGCUGUGAUGCGCUCCCGGUGACCCGGCCCGAGGCCCCGCCAUGUCCAAGUCGUUGCGCCGGAGGCGGCACUGGCUGAGCCGGGCUCAGGAGGUGGCCGUGCCCGGGGAGGCGCUGCAGCUGGGCGGCGGGGCGGAGUUCGGGCAGUUCCCGGUGUUGGCCUCCGCUCCCAGCGGCCUUGAGCUCGGCCCGAGUACCGGCGACAUCCUGCUGGAGGUGAACGGCACCCCGGUCAGCGGUCUCACCCGCCGCGAUGUGCGGGCCGUCAUCCGGCACUUCCCGCAGCCCGUCCGGGUGCGCACCGUGCGGCCAGGCAGGAUAAUAAACAAGGAGCUUCGCCACUACCUCAGCCUGCAGUUCCAGAAGGGGUCAGUGGACCACCAACUGCAGCAGGUGAUCCGGGAUAAUUUGUACCUGAGAACCAUACCAUGCACUACAAGGCCACCCCGGGAUGGUGAAGUCCCAGGGGUUGAUUAUAACUUCAUUUCUCUGGAAGAGUUUAAAACACUAGAAGACAGUGGAGCCCUUUUGGAGAGCGGAACAUUUGACGGUAAUUUCUAUGGGACGCCAAAGCCUCCUGCAGAGCCUGGUCCCUUUCAGCAAGAUGUAGUGGACCAGGUUGUUCUGGAUGACAGUUCGGAUGAGGCACAAAGGAAACGAACAACAUCUGUAAGCAUGAUGCAGCGAGCCGACACCCUGGUCCCAGAUGAAGAAGAUGACGACGAGAGACCCACUGCUAAUGGAACUGGUUAUCCAGGGCCAGGGCCCAGCCACACUGAUGGGGUCACAGAAUUCAGGUACUUGGAUCCGGUUACCAGGGAGGACUUGAUGGAGCCACUGCCGAGCAAUUGGGAGAUGGCCUACACCGACAGCGGAAUGAUCUACUUCAUCGAUCACAACACUAAGACUACCACAUGGCUGGACCCUCGGCUUGCUAAGAAAGCAAAACCCCCAGAGGAAUGCAAUGAAGGGGGCACUGACUCCUUGCUGGGGCAUGGUUCCAUGGGCACCACCGGUUGCCCUCCAGUAUCUCGCCCAAGUGGCCAUUCUACAUCUGUGGGCCUAUACGAGCUUCCAUAUGGCUGGGAAAAGAUCAGUGAUCCAGUUUAUGGCUUCUACUACAUUGACCAUGUAAACCAGAGAACCCAGUUUGAGAAUCCAGUCAUUGAAGCAAAGCGGAAAAAGCAGCUGAUCCAUCAUCGGGACAGUCAGCGAGGGUUGCAUGGGGAUCAGCGGCCAGAGAGACCGAUGUUUACGAGGGACCCCUCCCAUCUUCAGGGAAUGCUCAUUAGAACAACACUUCAGAAGAGUGCUAUGGGGUUUGGUUUCACAAUCAUUGGAGGAGACAGCCCAGAUGAGUUCCUGCAGGUGAAGAAUGUAAUUCAAGAUGGACCUGCUGCUCAGGAUGGGAACAUGUUGGCAGGUGAUGUAAUAGUGUAUAUAAACAGCACUUGUGUCCUUGGGCAGACUCACGCCGACGUUGUGCAGCUUUUCCAGUCUGUUCCCAUCAACCAAACGGUGAAGUUGAUUCUGUGUCGCGGCUACCCGCUUCCCGUUGACACACAGGUGCCGACCAUUGAUGUAGUGAGUGCCAACCCCGUCCUUGAUGGGCUACCUAUGGCUGCAAAGCAGGCAAGUGCCACCCAGAGCCAUCAGACCUCGCCCGGGCUCCCAGACCACAGUGGGAGAGAGGCCCCAGCAGGUGCUGUCGAGCGCCUGAACGGACCUUACCUUGGCCUGACUGAAGACCGAUCGUCCAUGACUUCAUCAGCAGGUUCACAGCCCGAGACGCUGACCAUUCCUCUGCUGAAGGGGCCAAAGGGUUUUGGUUUUGCCAUAGCGGACAGCCCAGCUGGACAGAAAGUGAAGAUGAUCCUGGACAGCCAGUGGUGCAAAGGUCUACAGAAAGGUGAUGUGAUCAAGGAAGUUAACCAGCAGAGUGUGCAGCAGCUGAGCCAUGCCCAGGUGGUGGAGAUCCUAAAGGACUGGCCUGUGGGGAGUGAAAUAUCACUGCUGGUCCAAAGAGGAGGUCCUCCUUCACCAACUAAAAUGCCAAACACUACAUCGGAGCAUGAAGAAAAUCAAGCAACUUCCCAGAAUGUCUCCGCAAGCCUCCCCAUCCCCCAGCCCAUGCCCUUCCCUCCCAAUGCUGUGAGGCCCUCCUCUCCCAAACGUGACCCCACUGAGGUGUACAUACAAUCCAAGACGAUAUUCGACAACAGACCUCCGAACACUAAAGACAUUGAUAUCUUCCUGCGUAAACUGGAGAGUGGAUUUGGAUUCAGAGUGCUUGGAGGUGAUGGACCAGACACACCCGUUCUGAUUGGAGCCAUUAUCCCACUGGGAGCAGCUGAGCGAGACGGGCGUCUUCGUGUGGCUGAUGAGCUGCUGUGUGUUGAUGGAGUCUCGGUCAAAGGGAGGUCUCAUCGCUUUGUGUUAGAACUGAUGCAAAAUGCAACACGAAAUGGCCAGGUGUUGCUGUCAGUCAGGAGGAACGUCCUGCCUACUGAAGACCAGCAUGAUGACGGUCGAGAUGCAAGUUUGGAUCCUGCAGAGAACGGCUCUCCACGGAUGAAUCACACAGACCAUACCCACAGACUGCCCCAGGGCCCCAACUCAACUGAGUCUACACAGUCAUAUGAUAUUGUUCUGCAGCGUAAGGAGACUGAAGGGUUUGGCUUUGUCAUUAUCACCUCAAAGAACAGAUCCCCAGCUGUUGCAGUGCCGCACAAAAUCGGUCGCAUUAUCGAGGGAAGCCCAGCCGAUCGCUGCGGGAAGUUGAAGGUGACGGAUCGUAUCUCGGCAGUCAAUGGCCAGUCCAUUGUCCAGAUGCCCCACCAUGACAUCGUCCAGCUAAUCAAGGAUGCAGGCCAGACAGUCACUCUUACUGUCACUCCUGAAGAAGAUGUGACUGGCCCUCCUUCAGGAGGCAGCUCAGCCAGACAGAGCCCGGCCUUGCAACACAAACCCAUGGGACAAACUCCAACGCUACACGUCCCAGCACAGGACAACAGCAAGACGGACACAGAUGAAAGGGGCAGUGGGCAGUCACGUGACUUCGUAAAACCACCUUCCUCUAACUACAGGCAGCCAGCGUCCGAUCAGUACCUUCAGCCAGCUGCCGACAGAGAGACGUGGACUGCAGGCGGCAGACCUCAGAACUCUGAAUGCUUCCCUGUUGAAUUGGAGAGGGGGCCCCGAGGGUUUGGAUUCAGCGUUCGUGGUGGCAAGGAGUACAACAUGGGACUCUUCAUCCUCCGGCUGGCUGAAGGAGGUGCAGCAUUACUGGAUGGCAGGAUCCAAGUUGGCGACCAGAUUGUUGAAAUUAAUGGCGAGUCCACACAAGGAAUCACACACAAAAGAGCCAUCGAGCUGAUUCAGUCCGGAGGCAGGAAAGCGCAUCUUGUCCUGAAGCCAGGCAUAGGUCAGGUGCCUGACUUUGACAAUCUGGAUACCCAGGACACUCCAUAUUCCAGCCUCCAGGAACUACCCACUGCUCCUGAAGACCCGCCAUCACUAUCCUUUCCACAUUCCGCCCCAAACCUUACUGAUCCUGAAAAGACUCCUUCAAAGGAGAAGCCACAGAGAGAACAAGAGCCCGGAACCAACGUGGUGGGCAGACGGGAGGCGGGGGAGGAAGGUCGCGCCGAGUUGGUAAUGGAAAAGGUGGAGCCGGGGGAGAGUGCGAGCAGCCCGAAGAGAGCGCGGCCGCCGGGCAGCUCCGGGAAGGCCCAGAGGGACGAAUGCAAGCAGCGGGGAGUCGGCGGGAAGGAGCGGCCGGCGGUAGGAGGGCGGGGGCGAUCGCGCAGCCCGCCGGGCAGGGCGGCGGAGGGGCGGGCCGGCAGCCCGGAGAGCGGCCAGAGGAAGGCGGGCACUGAGCGGAGGCUCCCGGCGAAGGGCAGCGGGCAGGGAGCGGGGCAGAGCCGCCCCGGCAACAGCGCGAAUCCAAGGAAAGGGGAGCACGACGGCUCAACAUUGCAGCCCAGCCCAAGGGCAACAGCAGCACCGACCGCGAGAAAGGCACUGAUAACCCCCGGGCCCUGGAGAAAGCCAGAUGCUCAGAGGCCCGUGUAACAGAAAACAAACAAAUUAUAUAUGUUAAAUUAUUUUUUUAUAAACUUUGAUUUCGGUUAAGCACCUGUUGCAUCUUAUUUAAAAAUUCUGUAGCUCAAUCGAUGUUCUCUGCGGAAAAAAAACUUUGUCCAAGUGAAGGAAUGACUCCGGUACUCGGCCGUUGGGUAUACUUGACUGGCUGCGAAGGAAAGUCUGUUGGGGUUUCCCUGCUUUGCAAGUUGUUUACUUGGAGGUGUGCGCUUGUGAUCCACUUUCCCUGCCCCCGCGAGUUAGCAGUUGCCCCCAUCCGAUUGCAGUGGCAGAUUGGCGUAAGAUUCACCCGUCACAGGUCGCUCUCCCCCGUGGGGUGUGACCUGUCGCUCUGUCUGUGAGCAAUUUCAGGCGGCGGGGCAUGAGGCUAUCACGUGGUAUCCGCCUGUAACAUCGAGAGUAGAGUCUCGCCACUGCUUUGCAGACCUGAAAUCAGUAGUUUAAGAACAAACAUCUUGAACGUUAACCAGCGUAGUUAUUUGUUUCGUUUCAUACUUUUCAGCCUGGGCCAACCGUGCGGCGCUUCAAUCAUUGUUUCCUUUAAUACGAUCUUGAAAUCUUCCUGUCGCCUGCUGUUGAACUGAAAUAACUUGGUAUUCUCACCACCAUUGAAUGGCAAUCGCUUGGCUGCUAGUUUCAGUAUCUGCGGGCUCCUCUCAAUCAAAAGGAUCUGUGAAAUUUUGUGUGCGAUUCGCUGCUUCCUAGACUGACCGAGCUGAGUUGGUCAGACUAACGAGCAGCGACAUCUGCACAGAACAUAUUCCAUGGAGAUUAGCGAUUAUUUUGUUCGCGGUAUAAUUCCAAUGCAGUUUCUUAUAAGCAUCUUCAGUACUUUGGUGACAGCUUUUGUUUAAACAAGACGCAUCUCCCAUACCAACCUGUGUUGGGAGUUUCACCCGGCUCCAAUGUUAGAGGAUUGGUACGCACAUAAGCUUCCCUCUGUUUUAUCCAUGUUCUGCGCCCCACAGAGAGAGGUGCUGUAGCAAACACUUGCAGGUCGUUUACGAUCUGUAACGGAUUAAUUCUGGAAAUCAUGGCUGCGAUAGAAUAGAUGAGCCGUUUGUAGCCCGUUGCUCUCUGGAAUGACCUCCCCAUACCUGGCCAAUGCCCGCGCUCUUUCUCUUUACCAACACCCCUCCCCCUCCUCCACCCACAGUGUAAUGUGCAUUCUCUGACUUAAUCAUGUUGAACAUUUUGUAUCUCUGCUACAUAACUUGCAUUGCCCUGCAGGGAGAUGUGUUGCCAAUAAGUAUUUCUGUUACCCUCCAUAGCACUGUAUGUUCCUUUUUCUACCCUUCCAGCUAAGAAACAGUAGGAAAUAACGACCCUGGACUGUGAGUGUGGUGCAGGCAGUGUCUUGUGACCACUUUACUGUUAUAUUUCAUAUGCGAUAAUGUGUAAAAGUUGAAUUUAGGAAAUCAUGCAGAAAUGUUUUGAUAUUCCACACAGCUCAUCCACCGAUGAGCUCCAGCUUUCACUCCACAGUGUUGUCUGAAUUUCCUUGUUGGUAGAGUAGCUAUACUCAUUGUUCCAACCCAUCAGUAACAUACAAAGCAUCUUGCAGACUGUACAGUACUCAAGGCAUGGGUGUGGCCUUUGAGUAAAGCUGAACAAGCCUUGAGUUGUUGGUUGUAAAUUUUUAUACUGUACAGUCUCUAUAAAUACUGUCAUUAGGGAGAGAUCUGUAAACCCUCAUUAUUUUUUUAUGUAUGACAUGAAAAAUGCAAUCCUUGGUCAUGGUGUUGAACUGUUGCACUGUAAAAUAAAUCUUAAC